GCAAAAACCCACUAGGCACACGCUGGUUGAAUCAGUUGUUUCCAUGUCAUUUCAAUGAAAUUGCCAACGAAGGACCAACGUGGUAUAGAUGUUUAUUUGAAGUAUGUGCCCAGUGGGAAGUCAUUGUAUGCUUCUGUCUUUACAACAAAUAAUGUGUAAAAAUAAGAGUGGGGAGGGCUAGAACAAAAAGAGAACUGACACAGGAAGUGGCUGAGGUCUUGGUUAGCUGUGAGAAACUGACUGUGUUGCUGCUUACCCCAUUCUAUAUAACGUUUCCACUCUGCAUCCAGCUGCUGCAAGGAGACAUUUAGUGAUCUGUAAAGAAUUGAAUAGAUUGCUGUAUGUUGGUUAUAUGUCAGAAGAAGGCCUUUCGGUUAAGGAGAACCUGUUGAAAAGAAUAGUUUCGAGGAACCUUUCACAGAGGUGCAACAGGAAAUCCAGCGACACACCAACUGAUAUGGGGGGCAGAGGUGAGGAGAAGGAGAGUGGGCCGGGAAGGCUUCACAGGAGACUGUCUCGUCUGGGGAGCAGAGGCUCUCUUAGAGAGCCACCCAGACUUCCACCCCAACCUGUCCAACCCCCAGCACCAUCUCCUGCCUCAGCUCCGGCCCCAGCUCCGGCCCCAGUUGACAGACCCACUCCCCCAACACCAAACCCUCCAACCCCUCCAGACCCAGCACCUAAACCAUUGGAGCUUCCCCCGAAACCCCCUGAUAUCAACCUGAAACCAAGCCUCCCUCCAAGGCCUCUAACCAGGAUGUUCAGCAGCAAUGAGCAUGGCACCGCAGUCCUACAGGGGUUUCAGUUGUUCAGAGGUGAUGAGACUCUGUGUGAUGUCAUCCUAGUGCCUGGGGACAGCAGUGACACCUUCCCAGUACACAGAGUCCUUAUGGCCUCCGCCUGCGACUACUUCAAAGCCAUGUUCACAGGGGGUAUGAGAGAGCAGGAGAUGAGGGAGAUUAAGCUACAUGGUGUGAGCAAGACGGGUCUGAAGAACAUCAUAGAGUUCAUCUACACAUCCCGGCUGAGUCUGAGUAUGGCCAACCUGCAGGACACUCUGGAGGCUGCCAACUUUUUACAAGUCCUCCCCGUCCUCAGCUUCUGCAACGAGCUGCUCAGCACUGAGAUCACUAUUGAUAACUGUGUGGAGGUGGAGCGCAUUGCUGGGGACUUGCUCCUGGAGGACGUGCAGGCCCACAUUGGGAAGUUUGUCUGUCAGAACCUGUCAGUGUUGCUGCAGUCUGGCCGCUACCUGCUGCUCUCCGAGCACAGCCUAGCCAACGCCCUGGCCAGCGAUAGCCUCAAGGGCUUCUCUGAGAUGGAGCUGUACCGCAUCGCCCGCUCCUGGCUGGACCACGACCCUCCCACCCGCCGCACCGCCGCCUACUCCCUGAUGCGCCACAUCCGCUUCCCCCUCAUGACCCCCACGGAGCUGCUCGAGAUCUCCCAGGAGGACGAGGGGCACGACGACGGCAGGGCAGCCAUGAUGCGCUCGGACACGGCCUGCGUAAACCUCCUGCUAGAGGCCAGCAACUACCAGAUGAUGCCCUUCCUCCAACCUUCCUUACAGACAGAGCGCACGCGCAUCCGGUCCGACGCCACACACCUGCUGGCGCUGGGUGGGGUGAUGCGGCAACAGCUGGUGGUGAGCAGGGAGCUGAGGUUGUACGAUGAGGAGAGCGGCCACUGGAGGGCGCUGAGGCCCAUGGAGGUUCCAUGCUACCAGCAUGGCGUGGCUCUGCUCGGGGGCUUCCUCUACAUCGUGGGUGGCCAGAGCACCUACGACACCAAGGGCAAGACGGCGGUGGACAGUGUCUACCGCUAUGACCCGCGCUUCGACUGUUGGCUGCAGGUAGCCUCGCUCAAUGAGAAGAGAACCUUCUUCCACCUGAGCGCCCUGAAGGGGAAGCUGUAUGCUGUUGGGGGCAGGAAUGCCUCAGGAGAGAUCGACACAGUGGAGUGCUACAACCUCAGAAAGAACGAGUGGAUGUUCGUGUCACCCAUGAUCGACCCCCACUACGGGCAUGCUGGGACAGUCCAUGGUGACCUGAUGUAUGUCUCAGGUGGCAUCACACAGGACACAUUCCAGAAGGAGCUGUCAUGUUAUGACCCUGAGACUGACACAUGGAGUCACCGUGCCGACAUGAUGGAACUGCGUGGCCUCCACUGCAUGUGCACGGUGGGCGACCGGCUCUACGUGAUGGGAGGGAACCACUUCCGGGGCAGCAGCGACUACGAUGACGUACUGGACUGUGAGUUCUACAGCCCUGAGGUGGACCAGUGGACGGUGGUGGCAGCCAUGCCAUGGGGCCAGAGUGAUGUGGGGGUGGCCGUGUUCCAGGGCCAGAUCUAUGUAGUGGGGGGCUAUUCCUGGAACAGCCGCUGCAUGGUGGACAUUGUGCAGCGCUAUGACCCAGAGAAGGAUGAGUGGGACCGGGUGUUCAAUGUACUAGAACCACUGGGAGGGAUCCGGGCCUGCACCAUGACUGUGCACCUACCCGAGGGUGCCGUGGACAACGGACAGAUGCAUGAGUGCCCGCUGGACACUGCCAAGAACUGAGAGCUGAGAGCAAGGACAUAUGGCUUUAGCCUCUGUGUUUGUGAUGCUGAAAAAUUUGACCUUUUUGCAAGUUUGGACUGUGGGAGAAGUGGAACGAACGUCUGCAGUAGAAUUUCUCUAAUAUAUCCGUACAUUUGGUUGACUGACUGUUCUUUUGUAAUCUUUGUGUCUUUUGCGUUGGAAUUAUUUUCGUAUCUGAAUGACUUCUGCUUUGCUCUUUAAUGUGAAACACCUCUCAAAAAGCUCCUUUUCAUGGAUAAUGUGUUUUUUACUUUGACAAUGUAUUUUCAAACUAUAAGUUAUGGAGUAUUUUGUAUUGUAUAUGAAUGACUAAUGAAAAUAAAAUGCAUACUAUUAA